AUGAACAUUUAUUUUUGUGGUAGUAUUCGAGGUGGUCGACAAGAUGUGGCUAUUUAUCAACAAAUUGUUGCUUGUCUUAAAUCAUAUGGCAGAGUUUUAACUGAACAUGUUGCUUUUCCUGAAUUAGAAAUUAUAGAAAAAAAUUUGAACGAUGCUGAAAUUCUUGAACGUGAUAUGCAAUGGUUAUCUCAAGCUCAGGUAGUUGUUGCUGAAGUAACACAACCAUCAUUAGGUGUUGGUUUUGAAAUAGCACGAGCUAUUACAUUAAAUAAGCCUGUACUUUGUCUAUUUCGACCUUCUUGUGGAUUACGUCUUUCAGCUUUAAUACGUGGUUCGGCAAAUAAUCGAUCAUUUUUUGUUGGUAAUUAUGAACAACGUGAAGAUUUUGAAAAAUUUAUACAAGAAUUUAUGGGUUAUUAUAAAAAAAUGGGUUUAACUUUUUCAAGUAUUUUUCAACAAUUAUUUGGUAAAAAAGAAAUGAGAAUUUUAAUGGUUGGUCUUGAUGCUGCUGGUAAGACAACAAUUCUUUAUAAACUUAAAUUAGGAGAAAUUGUAACAACAAUUCCAACUAUUGGUUUUAAUGUUGAAACAGUUGAAUAUAAAAAUAUUAGUUUUACUGUUUGGGAUGUUGGUGGUCAAGAUAAAAUUCGUCCAUUAUGGCGACAUUAUUUUCAAAAUACUCAAGGUCUGAUUUUUGUUGUUGAUAGUAAUGAUCGUGAACGUAUUGGUGAAGCACGUGAAGAACUUCAACGAAUGCUCUCAGAAGAUGAACUUAGAGAAGCAAUAUUACUGAUUUUUGCAAAUAAACAAGAUUUACCUAAUGCAAUGAAUGCUGCUGAAAUAACUGAUAAAUUAGGUCUUCAUUCAUUACGUAAUCGUAAUUGGUAUAUUCAAGCAGCUUGUGCUACAAAUGGUGAUGGUCUUUGUGAAGGACUUGAUUGGUUAUCAAAUCAAUUAAAAAAUGUGAAAUAA